UUAAAAAUAUUUGUUUUAUAAUUCAGCUUAUCUGCCAAUGAAAAUAAAAAUUUGACACGCCUGUUUUUAGUGUAUUCUUUGUCAUCCUUAUGUAAAAUCUCAUUUCGUAGUGCCUGUAAAAGCCUCAUUUUUGCAAGAAAAGGCAUGAGUUGAAACACACGUUCGGACACCUUUAUUAGAAAAACCGUUUUCCAGUAAAAAAACGUGUUGAAAAAUAUGCGUUUAGGUGCGUUUGUAAAGAGAUCAUCUUUUCAGCGAAAGAAAUAAAAAAAACGCAUCAAGAUGCAUAACAAAUCAACGCGUCGUAACGAAUAAAAUAAAACAUAUUCGAACGACGUUUUUAGGUGCAUUUUAAAUUGAAAAAAUGCUUUGUAAAUAUUAAACAAUACAUUUAAACGCGUCGUAAACGAAAACCGGUGCGUUUAGAUGCGUCUCAGACAAAAUAAGAUGCAUUUAAACGCAAAAGCAGCAUUUUUUUCUCUGAAAGUUUGCGUUGGAACGCGUUUUUAUACGAAUUUUUUUUUCAUGGGGAACCGGUUGUCUUGAAAAACAACUAAAAUGGGCAAUAGAUUUCCCACUUUGCGUGUUGUGUAUUAGUAGAAUUAGGCUAAAAGUCAUAUGUGAGUUCCACAUUUUAGCCCCGGAAGGGCUGCGCUAACAAGCUUUCUUAUGAGUUUUCAUGCACUAAAUGUAUUUCAAAAGUUCCAAAAGAAAUCAUGAGACUUCAGAAGACUUUCAAGACUUCAUGGGACUUCACGACCGAAGUCUCUGCUGUUUCUCCCUUGAUAUCUGACGGCCACCGUACUUCCAAUUCUCAUUGAUUUUUGAUAGGAAUUAAACAUUUUUUUGAUACCGAAAAUCUUUCUAAAGUUAUAUUUGAAAUACUUAAAUGAUUUUGAUAUAACCCUGUUUUUUUGUGCUCUAUUCGAAUUAGAAAGAAUCUUGAAGAAACAAUGUGGUCUUUGCUUUAAUAAUAUCCUGUAAUCGAACUCGAUUUUUUCGAAAUUCUACGUGUUCAUCAAAAGUCUCUAUGUUAUAAUUUUAUAAAUUUUCAUCCGGAAAAAAGCGAAUCAGCUAUCUCACGAAUAUCUAGAAGCUAAAUCUGCAGGUUGCAAAGCAUCAGAGUAUCCUCAGAACAUCCGUGUGUUCAAUUGUAAACAGAAGACAUAAUUCCGUUUUCAUUUUAAAAGAAACUAAAAUCUCUAAGAGGCAAUAUAUGGAUAAAAAAAAAUCUGUUGUCAAUUUCAAUUUGAAAGACUUCUAGCUGCAGAAACGAGUUUUGUGCAAGGGGGAAACGACUGAUUUUUUGAUUUUGAUGAUGUAAAAUACCUUUUUUUUUUACUUAAAUGACUUUAAAAUCAUUAAACUCAUUUAUUUUGUGUCAACUUUUGAUGCUUUAUCUGAAUAUUUGUGUAAAUGUUGACAUUUUGUAGAGUUAUUAUAAUCAUUCUUAGAAGAAGAAUGUGGAGAAACUAUUUCACAAAAUAUGCCAUCUAGAUUGAGUAGAAAUCUAUUAUUUUUUACUACUGUUCAUACAACCAUAAAAAGCUAACAUACAAUAUUUUUCUCCUGUUAUCGAUCACUUUGCACUAAGUUUUGUUACAAAAUGAAGCCUUAAUCGAUAACUAUAAAAUUUUUAAAGUUGGGCUCUUUAGGGACAAAAUUUCCUAGUUUUCAAUAUUUACUUGCAGCACUACCAUUAGUUCUAGAGGGUUUUCCAAAUUUGACAUAAUAUAUGCACUUAUCUUGAGGAUUUUCAGCUGAUUUUUCGGUUACAUUAGCUUUCAUAUAUCUAGACUCUAAUGACUUUCUUGAUAUUUGAUGAUGUAGGAGUGACUUAAAUCAUAAAAAUCAGUCGUUUACACCUUGGUUUUGCCUCUAUGAACGAGCCCUAUAAGGAUCGGGAGCAUAGAGAUCGUCAGAUAUUCCCUAUUGUUUGGUGAAAUUUCAAUGAAAAUACGAUAUUCAUGAUCAAUGCGAUGAAUUCUAUCUGAAUAUAUGUAAAACUUUUAAAUUAAGGAUAAAAUUAUUUUCGAUUCCUGAAAGGAUACUUCAAGCACAAAAAAUUGUUAAGUCAUAUUUCAAAGUAUCGACCAUAGGCGGCGGAGCCACGAGGCCUGGGUAGGCACGAGCCUACCCUAGGUUGGAGAGGUAAAGGCUUGGGUAGGCUCAGAUAAAGGCUUGGGUAGGCUCGAACCAGUACAGAUAAAGGCUUGGGUAGGCUCGAACCAGUACAGAUAAAGGCUUGGGUAGACUCGAACCAGUACAGAUAAAGGCUUGACUAGGCUCAAUUUAAUGUAAAAAUUUUCUAAUAUUAUUAAUUUUCGUGUUCUCCUGACAGAUGACGCGUUACUACAAGGUCAGUCCACAUUUUAUCUGUUACAAACUCGUGUUCAGUGGCAUACUGAUUGGUUUUUGUUGACGUCUAUAUCUACGUCGAAUUCUUUAUUUUCAAUAUAAUAUAAGAUAAUUUAACUGUUGUUCUAAACUUCUAUUCAAAAUAACCACAGACGGCGGAGCCAUUAUGCCUGAAUAGACUCAAGCCUACCCUACGUUGAUGGAGAGUAGGUUUCGGUAGUCUGAAACUAGGACAGACCAAGGCUAGUAUAGACUCAGUUAAAUAUAAACGUUUACUCUUAUUGUUUAGUCUUCAUAUUCGUUUGACAGAUAACGCAUUUUUACAAGGAGUCCAUAUUUUUUCUACUGCUAACUCGCAUCCAGUGAGGUAGUGAUUAGUCUUCGUUGGCAUCUAUAUCGUCAUCGGAUUCUUGGUUCUUAAUAUAAGACGGAUGAAUUGUUUUUCGUAGAUUUCUAUUUAAAAUAACAUUUGAAUUUUAGGCACUUGAAUAACAUUACUCCUGUCGUAUGCCGAUACCAGCUAAAUAAAAUCAGAUUAUGUCUUUCUUUCACAAUAAAACAACAAACGGCUAAGAACAGUUUUGAUGAAAAUUCAUCUUCUGUUGAACUUGUAUCGAUCAGUUCAAACGAUAGUUAAGGUGAAACAGGAUUAUAUGCAAAAAUGUCAUUGUUAAAACCAUAAAACCUUGACAUCAACUUGAUCAAGCAUCUAUUCUGAUUUCCUUUCAAAGAAUCAAGAUAGAAAAAAUAUUUUGGUGUUGAAUAGCAUUAUUUCUUCUUAGACUUCUCUUUUACUGCUUUUUAAACAGUCUUUUUAAGUUACUUCGUUAGUACCUGUUGUGUCUGGAAACAAUAACGCAUUAGAUAGUUAUCACACUUAUAAAGAAUUAAAAUCUAUCAACAAAAACCUAUAACGCUCAACAUUAUAAACAAAUGAAGAAAACUAUUUUUCGAAUCGCUCCCAUCCAUGUAAAUAUAUUCGAGUUGAAAUAAGAUUAAAAUCGAUUAUAAACUAACUAAAAAUGGAUUAUAAUCAUACGACCUGAAUCAAUUUUAAAUCAUUUUUUACCUGAUAUUAAUUGAAAAUAACCGAAAAAAAAGCCAAAUUUCAUUGAUUAUUACGAUUAGUUCUAUUUAAAAUCGAUAAAAGUUUCAUAAAAAAAAAGAUUUUUCUUUUUGAUAAAUAAAAAAGUCUUCACGCGAUUUUUACCGGUUUGCAUCAAUCUUAUUAAUUUUUUUAUAACGUUUUAGCGAGAAUGAAUCGUAAUAAUCAAUGAAAUUUUGAUUUUUUCGGUUAUUUUCAAUAAAAAUCGGUUAAAAAAUGAUUAAAAAUUGAUCAAAAUCGUAGGAUGAUAAUCCAUUUUUUUUCGGCUAUUACCCGAUUUUAAUCUAAUUUCAACUCUAUUUUUUUACGUGGACAGACCUGGUUUGUCUGAAAAGUUGAGCCUACCCUAGAGUGAAAUCGUUCCGCCGCCUAUGGUAUCGACCCAAUAGAAACAUCGAGAAAGACAUUCCCAUAAAUUUGCAAUACUCACUCGAUUCAAAUCUCGUGAAAUGAAAAGCUGAUAAAACCGCCAAUCCUGCUUUUAUAGUAAAAAAACAAAAAGGCUUCUGUUUCUUUUGUUUUUAGUUAAAAAAAUCAAUUCAUCAGUACAUACUUGUGCUCUUUCUGUGAAUAUUAGUUGGGAAAUAAAUGGUACAAUAAUUGCUGAAAAUUUAACAACUGAAUAUUGUACUCCAAAUUCUACAGAUUUAUGCAAUCCAAGAGAUAUUUUUCUUGAUAAAAGAAAUAAUAUUUUCGUAAUCGAUACGAAUAAUAAUAGAAUUCAAAAAUAUAUAUCAUCAAAUAUUAUAACUGUUGCUAAUCAAGGACUAAAUCAACCUCAAAGUAUGUAUGUUGAUAAUUCAACUGACAAUAUGUAUAUACUUGAUUUUGGUUUGAACGAUACACUAGUUGGGGGUCAGUAUGAAUUUAACUAUCGUGUGCAAUUAUGGUAUAAUAAUUCAAAUCGUGGAAUAAUAAUUAUCAAUGGAACAGGUAGAAGUUAUUGUAUGUAUAUCGAUCAAAUGUUAAAUAUUUAUACAGCUGAAUAUGAUUAUGGUAGAAUUAAAAAAUGGUUAGCUUAUACAGAUUAUACGAUCAGUAUAACAAUGUUUGUAGCUGGGUGGACGUCUGGUGGAUUUAUUAUUUUACCAGCUUUACGAUAUUUUUAUCUUGAUGAGGAAACAGACAUUUUUUAUAUUGUGAAUUCAUAUGAAUAUACAAUAAUGAAAUGGAAAUUAUCAAAUAAUAUAAACACAGGUGAAAUAAUUUUUUCUAUUAUUUCACCUGUUUUAUUGCAUUAUUCAAACAGAAUAACAUUAGAUUGUAAAAAAAAUAUUUAUUUUAUUCAUCCAUCUGAUAAUGAAUUAUAUCGAAUUGAUGCAUCAACAAAACAAAUAUCAAAAGUUUUUGUUGUCGAUAAUAAUAAUAAAUGGAAAAAUAUAUUUUCAAAUACGAUUGGAAUUAAAUUUGAUUCUUUUGGAAAUAUUUUUCUUAUUGAUAAUAAACAUAAUCAAAUAAUGAAAUUUUCAAUCAUUCAAUAA